CGCGUCUGAAAUGAAGUCAAAGGUGUGCCGACCUGAUUGGCGAGGACGUUGAGAUGGUGAGCUUGGCUUGAAGCAGUGCCAUUAAGCGCGUUGACGCACUGGCGUCUUUGCUACAUGUAUGCAUGGGCCCGACAGCGGACUGUGAGGUCUGGACAAGUCCCACCAACCCACAUGUCGAGCUGCAGCACAAUUGACUGCAUGACCCGAUGGCAGGACGAACGAUACUUCGAAGAUGUCGCCUCUGCACACCGCUCCCAUGAGUGCGUAAGGUACUGCAACCCGACGGCACGGAGAGCUGGUCUCCCGGGCGUCUUCGAAACGCGAGGAUCCGGGCAUGCUCCACUUGACAUCUUAAAGCUCGAUCAAAAUAGCGCCAUGCACGCUAACCUUUACUUGCAUAUACAAGGAUCCUCUCAUUGGUCAGCCCGCGAGGCGCGCAAAGUAAGAAAUUUGCGACGUUGUGAGAAUGGAGCUUUGGAAGCGCGCAGCUGUAGAUGCCUCGUCUGUCGCUCUCUAUACAUCGUUGUGAGAUAGACUUUCACCGGCUUCGAACGGUCAAAGAAGGAGAAGGUGGCUGACGUGUAUUUCGCGGUAAAUGGUGGGCGUGACCAGCUCAGGUAAGACAUCCAAUGC